AUGGCCUGCAGACCUGGGGGCACGUCUCUAUUUCCCUGCGCCAGGCCUCCCUCUUCCGCUGGAAAACACACGUCAGGCAACAAGUCCAAUAAGGUUGAUCGAGCUAAGACAAAGGAUAGAAUCCGUAAAGCGAAGAUCCGGAAUGGAAGUCCGAGAGAACGAUUCCCGAGACUCCAGAAAUGGAGCUGGGAACUCGGAAUCUCUAAAUUCCCAAAGACGAAUCCUGGGUCGUCUUAUCCAAGCGUGGUGAAAGAACCGGACCGGCCGACGAGCAGUUUUACCGAGCAGACCACGAGCACACCUGCGGCAUCAACGCUUUCGAACGUCAACCAGAACACUUCGCCACAAGAAUCCAUUGGGCAUCCGGAAUCUUCCCCAAGGAGCAAAUCCAUCUCCACCUGGCCAUUGAGAAAGAAGGACGUCGUUAUCGGAAACCUGAAUGCGUUGUUACUGAAGCCCAUUGAAUCUGGAAGCAUAGAACCGGAUACAAGAGGAGACACACAAAUAGUUUCUGGUCGUGACAAAGAUGCUGGUUGUGCUCCUGGGUCAACCCAAUUGAUCACCAACCGUGGUCCAAUGCCAAGGAAGAAGUACUCCCCGGAAGAGAUGACAAUCAAGUUGAAAGCCGUCCAUAUACAGAAGAAUUCCACCGUGGAGACCCGGAAAGAAUCCAGCCUAUUUGUCCAACUUUGGGAAGUCCAGCUUCUACCAGCGCUGAAGGCUGAAUUGAGGGGUAUCAAAGGUUGCUAUUCAAUCAACGUCCUCAAGGGGGAGAAACCAGGCCAGCGCAUCAUAGACAUCAUGACCAGUGCAGAGCUCGCGGAGGAGAUGAAAGCCGCAUUGGAGUGCCAAAAAGACCGAUACCUCCCGGAUAACAUGAAAAACAGAACGGUUCUGGAAUUCACGAGAGGUGAAAUCCAGUUUUCUUCUAUAUCUGACACCGCCAGUUAA